CUGCGUCUGCGCCGACCAGUAGCAGCGCAGCGUCGGUCCAGGUCCCAGCAGCUCCAAAAACCCGAGAGAGGAGACGAAUAACGGUACACUCCAAUAUUAAUGGAGCCGACCGCACAUAUAACCGCACCGUGUCUCCUCCUGUGAUGCAUUCAGGAACAGCAGUGUUGGGGAAACGGACGCGGUGAACGGCGUUUUUGGGGAGAGCUGAAGAAAAACAAGCGGUCCACCAUUGUCUGCGUAGAAAUAAGAAUGGCCUGGAUGUGGAAGAGGAAGUCGCUGAUCGCCACCAGUCUGAUCGUGGUGGUGUCGCUCUUCGUCGUGGUGGUGAACUACUCGGAGAAGCCCUACUUCCUCCUGCAGCCAAUGUUCGGUCAGACGUUCAGCAGCCACUGGAUGUUCUCCAAGCAGCCGUACAAGGCCUUUAAGCCUCACCUGGGCUAUGUUAGCAUCCCAAAACAGGAGCCUCUAAAGCUGCACUGUGAGCUCUGCAGCAUCGUGUCCAGCUCUGGACAGAUGUUGGGCCAGGCUGCCGGCCUGCAGAUUGACCGCUCUCCCUGCAUCUGGCGGAUGAACAACGCACCCACGCGGGGCUUCGAACGCGAUGUGGGCCAGCGGACCACCUUGAGAGUUGUCUCUCACACCAGCGUCCCACUGCUGCUGCAGAAGCCCCAGUACUUCUUCGGCCAGGGCAACGACACCGUCUACGUUGUGUGGGGGCCGCUACGAAACAUGAGGAAGGAUGGGAAGGGUAUCGUGUACAACAUGCUGCGACAGGCGGCGGAGAACUACCCUCAUGCACAAAUCUACGUCACCACAGAGGACAGGAUGAACUACUGCGACAUGGUCUUCAAGAAGGAGACAGGAAAGGACAGGAUCCAGUCCGGCUCCUACCUCAGCACCGGCUGGUUCACGCUCAUCCUGGCCAUGGACAUGUGCAAAGAGAUCCAUAUCUACGGCAUGAUAAAUGACACCUACUGCAAGACAGAGGGUUACAAAAAGGUUCCCUACCACUACUACGAGGCAGGCAGUCGGGACGAGUGUGCAGAGUACAUGCUCCACGAGAGCGCCCCCUACGGCGGGCACCGUUUCAUCACGGAGAAGUCUGUGUUCGCCAAGUGGGCCAAAACUCAUGCCAUCAAGUUCUUCAACCCACCUUGGCAGCUGUCGUGACCCUGGCUGAACCCACGCGGAAAUACGACACCAUCGUCAUUAUCAUCGUCAUCACUAUCUGGGAACCGGCUGAAUCUCAACACUGACAGAAAGCGUGUUCCUUAACAUACACAAACAUCAAUUUUAGCACAAAUUACACAGCAUAUCCAUUAGAAAAAGGUUGGUUGAGGGUUGGCUAAAAUCCAGGAAGUGCUUGUUUUUUUGUUGUUUUCUGACAAUGGCCGCUCAAUCAGACAGACUUAUAAUUAAGGUUUGACCAACCCGUACUGCAAAAACAUAUCUCUUGAAAAUUAAGUCUUUUUCACCUGAAUUAAAGAGCUGAAGAAAGUGCACCGCACUCCACUCUUCAUUGACUAAUUGAUCCAUUUGCUGCUCUGUGAGUAUAGCAAAGGAUGCCUCCAUGACUGUAAAAAAAAAAAAGAGAAAACAACAUGAAUAAGAAACAACCAUCUGCCAACUUGCAGUGACCUUAGCGGCUCACGUGUCAGCAGCGCUGUACAUCGCAGAGGCUGCAUUUCAAUUUUUUUUAGGCCUGUAGUUGAAGGAGAGCUCAGCUGCUGCAGAGACGAGUCACGUUGCCAUGGACAUCUGAUGAGCUCGCCUACUCUGCUUCCUCUGGGUGUCUGUCUUCUUCUGUCAGGCUGUAAUUAAUCUAUAACAAGUAUAAUUCAAGCCUUCAUCUCGGACUGACGGAGCAUUGAAGGCAGCUUUCAAUUUACUCUGCUCCGUCUUAGGAAGCUUCAACAAACAAGGUCUUUUGAAACAGAAAAUGCAAGCAAACAAAAACCAGUUUUCAGUCAAACCAGAUGUGUAGAUGUGAAUCAGUUUUCUUUUUUUUAUUGUUAUGCUUGGUUGUGUCACACAACUUAAAGAUGUCAGCUUUUUUUCUUUUCUAAUGCUGUGAAAAUGAAUGAGACAUAUUUUGGCGUUGACUUGAUGUCCGGUUGGCUUGAAGUCCGGAUGGGUUGCUAAUUUAUUCUCCAGAGAUAAGUUUCUAACGCUCUUUAACAGUGUGCCAUUGACAAUGUGAGCAUCACAGCACAUAGAGCAAUGUGCAAUUAGAAACUCCAUCCUUACGGAAGGAGUUAAAUCAUUUGUGACCCUGCAGAGGGAGAGAUUUAUGUGUGCAGUGAAACCAUUUGAAGUUAAUUGUAUUCUAUUAUCAUUUUGUGCCUGCAAUAUACUCUGCAGUUCAUUGUAUGGAGACAGAGGAAGAUUCUCUCUCGCUCAUAUUCUCAUCCAGCUUUGUGCCUCUUUGUGUACAGUAUCACUGUGUGAACACAUCUUCCCAUUUGUCUUUGAACGCAGCGUGCGUGUCUCCUGGUUAGGCCCAUUACAUUUGAAUGCACCUGUUCCAGGACAGUGAAGAAUAAUCAGUGAAGUGCUGAGGUGUGUAGGUUGGCUGGUAGCUGUGGAGCCUGAGACACUCUGGCUGUGACCAUGACUCCCCCCCUCUCGAGGCUGUGAUUAGUGUCCCGGUCAGAGCUGUGGCCCAGGGGGAAGGACUGGAAGGAUUCAAAGACUUCUAAUUUAGGCGACUUGAUGCACAGGGUCCCUGACGAUUGUAAUAUACUGCAGCUGAGCUUCACAAUCUAGCUCCUACUGCACAGUACUGUUUAUUAUCACACUCCAUUUUGAGCUGUUUCACAGAAGGCAUCGAUUUGGUGAUUUACAGGUCAAAAGACAUGUUCCUUAAAACUGGCAGGUUCUUGGAUGUCUUGGAGUAGCUACUGUGUCAUUGAGGAAUUUGAGGUUAGCAACUUGGGAGUUUGAAUUGUAUAGUGUGGUUAAGAUUUUACAAGCCAAUUACAACAGUUUUUGACUGGAAAUGUUUGAAUUUGACUAUUUUCUAAAGAUAUUUUGGCAGCUUUUUAUGCCUUUAUUUUUGAUAAGACAGCUAAGGGUUGACAGGAUGGGGAGAGAGAGAGGGAGGACAACAUGCAGCAAAGGGCCACAGGUUGGAAUCGAACUCAACCCGCUGCAGUAAGGACUGCAUGGGGCGUGCACUCCAACAGGUGAGCUACAGUGCAGCCUAGAUUUGACUACUUUCAGGUCAAUAAAUUAAUAUUUUAUGGGGCCCUCACUUCUGUACAGGCAACUUCUGUAUGUAAACAAUAUGCGUUGAGGUGUCUCUGGGAUUUAUGCAUUAUUUACGUAAUAUACGCAAUUGCCGUAUCUAGCAACUAUAUACAAUAUAAAUCGUACGGGCUCCGUAAUGUGAGGAAUUAACAACUAAUAUAUAAAUAAAUGUUGAAAAGACCUGGUGCACAGCAGUGCUUCUCUUCUGGGUGCCAGCUGAUGCACAGCAAACCAAAGUUAACCAGAUAACAAAAACAUAUUCCAGCACACACCAGGAUACUAAGAUUGUCUUUAUGACAUUAAAAACUAAACAAAAAGGAGCCAACUCUGUUUCCCAUGUUGCUUUAUUAGAUUCGCUCUGUGCUUAAUUGCCAUCAGGUGUGCCUUUAAAUAAUCAUGUGCUGAUUAGCAGGAAAUCCAACAGGUUCGGGCCUUAAUUUGUUGUCUGUCUGUGAAAAACAAAUAUGAUAUGAAAUAAUGAUAUAAAAAUGUACAGAAACAGCUGCCUUUUUAGUAAUGGGAAUAUUUCCAGAAUAUUGUGUUUUCUUGUAGUACUUGAAGGCUGAAGUGGCCCUCCUUUGAAAUAACAAUACCAGCCCAGCAGUGGCCCCAAGUCGAUUUGUGGUUAGCUGCAAGAACCAUUAAGUAUAGGUUUGCUGUACUAUAAGUGUGCCUGAUUGAUUAGUUAUUAUAAUAAGUGCUAAAAGAGCUAUAGAUAAAAUUAGAGCUCCUGUGCUUGCAUGUUUACUACUCCAUCUCCAUGAACAACUCCCCUGAUGAAGAUAGUGUGAAAUGGUUGAAAACGUCCAGAAAAAGUAAAUAUCUGGAGGAAUGUUUUUAGCUUUAUUACAGUUUUAACCAAGACGUCUAUUUUGACCUGCAAAUAACCAAAAUCCUGCACUCUGGGUUCUUGUGUGUCAGCUGUUUGUUUGGAAACAUGUUUGGCUUCUUUUGCUUGAGGAACAGGAAAAUCUGAUCUCUUUCUAUGUUUUCCAGCCAAAGCAAGGUUUGCUCAGCACUUACUAAAGCCUGUCCCACACCUCGAAACUCAUUGUAAGUCAACCUUGCUGACAGGAGCGUCAUCAAAAUGUAAAAACGGCCUAUUUUAAAUUCCUCCCAGUGUAGCUCAUCGGAUAGGAGGCGGCCAUAACACAGCCAGGGUCAUGGCUCAGAUUUCCUCUGGGACAACAUGUGCUUGAGAGGUACGCUGCAGACCAGCACUGCGAGUAGCUGUGGAUCAAAGUGUCCACCACACGAUAUAUGUGAAGCAGAAACAUCUUUCGGUACUAUUUUCCUGUUCAGAAAGCCUGUAGAUAAGAUCUGGGCCUCAGGAAAGAGUUAGAAAUUAUACUUUCUUUCUGUUCCUGUGGGCAAACAGCCCUUGAUACUGAAGCGUUAAUUCAAACAGUAUGCCAUGCAUGUUACAUGAUUAACGUAAAUUUUUCAUACAUCGCCAUUCAGCCUGUGAUUGUGCAGUCAUCUGGCAGCUCUGACCAAUCAGAUUUACCUCUGCUGUACAGUAUAUCCACCAUAAAUUGUAAAGCGCUUCACACCAAGAUAGGAUAUUAGGUUUUUGCUGGGAGACAUGUUUUAGGUGUGUUAUGGUGCAUUAUUUUAAGAUUAGUUUUUAAGUUGUUUACCCAAAACUGGAAGAAGAGCACUAUGUUUCAUUCUAUUCAUGUUCCAUCCUCCUUUUUUUCUUUAGAAUACUGUUUUUGUUUUUUUGUCCAUGUAGUGGUUUGUGUGCAGCAUGUCUUCUGCAGGUCACAUGUUGCCAACAUUUCUUUGCUGCUUCAGGCUGUGCUCUCGGUUAUUUUAUGAUCAACAAACACUCCAUUGUUCUCCACCAGAACACACUGGAAGAAUACCCACUGAUGUAUUAUACAGUACAUUAUGGAGAAUACGCCCUUUUAUAGGCUCCCAUGAAUCAUCUAUGGCUCACAGGGAGACGACUGUAGACACUUUCACUGUGAAUAAGUAACAAGAUGAAAAAUAAAAUGUGAGCAGAGUGGGAAGUAAACUAUUGGAUACUUUUAAUUUUUAUUUAUUUCAAGGAGAUUUUUUGCCGGGAGUUGAGAUGAGAAGUUAGAUGAUACCACUAUCAUAUCCGUCUGGUAAAUAUGACGCUACAGCUAGCAGCCAGUUAGCUUAGCUUAGCACAAAGACUGGAAACAGAGGGAAACAGCUAGCUUGACUCUGACCAAAGGCAACAAAAUCCACCUACAAGUGCCUCUAAAGCUCAGUAACCGCGAUUGUGUCUCAUUUGUUUAAUUUGUACAAAGGUAAAAACAACAGUUUGUUUUUUACAUGUGGUCAUGUGCCAGACUACUUCUUGGCUCUGAGCCGUUGCCAGGCAACCAGCUGACCUCCAGGAAGUUACACACAAAUCUUUUUAUUAAUAAUUUCUUUAAUAACAACAAACAGUGUUCUAGGACAAAUCAGCAUCCACCAGAACACUUGUCAUUACAAAACUGAAACCUUCAUGACUUUAACAAAGUGCAGAAAAAAAACUACAUCUUCCCCCCCAAAAAUUACCAGCAGUGCAGGUACUUGUAACUGGGUCUCCUCCACAUUAAAACUCAACAACACUCUCUUCUAAAGUCAGCAGUUAAGUUGUAAUCCCUGUUGUCUAAAUACCGUUCAGCCAUCUCGUCACGUCUGACCUAACAGCGACCCCUCGACGCGCUCAUGGACUCCCCUCGUUUGUGGAGUCGUGACAUGUAGCCAGCUAACGUGUAAAAUUUAUGGGAAAUGGUGUUUGUUAGAGCUGAAGAACAGAAAACUAUAUUGAUUGUCUACAUGAAGUGAGCCACAUGACGUACAGUUGAGUCGGUCUCUUCCAAGGCUUCAUUUCUUGUCAUUAGUGUAGUUAAACAUUUCGGUGGGAUAUUAAAUGAGGUUUUUGUACUUCUGGAGGAGAAGCAGGGAGCUUUGGUUUCAUUUUUGUUUUUGUACUGAUUAAACAAAAAGAAUAUAACCUGUAAAACAGUGAGCCUCAUGAGAGACAGAGCCAGACGAGCUGUUUCUCCCUGUUUACAGUAAGCUAAGCUAACCAGCUGCAGGCUGUAGCUUCAUGUUUACUUUACAGAUAUGGGAGUGGGAUCAAUCUUCUCAUCUAACUCUUCGCCAAAAGGUGAAUAAGCCUAUUUCCCAAAAUGUUGACCUAUUCCUUGAAUAACAUGUUUUGCCCUGAAUUCUUGUUAGUUUCUGGCUCUUUUGUUUUCAUCCACAGCCUGAACGGAUCAUUUAAACUGGCCUAAUUUCACGUUCUAAGCAGUGGUGAUUGCUUGGAAAUGGUUUCAUCCAUCGUCAAACCUGAAGCAGACUUUUCUCUCUGUACCUUGCUGUAUAUAUGCAAAUGAAAAAAAACAAAAGAAAACAUUUGCUUGUCCUCAGUUGCUCUGUAACAGACAGUGGAAUGAGGUAGGAAAGAAAGUUGAAAAGCAAAUUGAAGGUCACUUCCCUUAAAACAGAGCUUGCUUUAAAAAAACAGAGUCCUGAUUAAAACGUCUCUGUCUCGAGGUCUGUGGAACAAAGAUGUGAAUUUCAUUACUCGGUUUAAAAUGCUCUCAUUAUUUCGGCUCUUUUCUUGCUAUGAUCAGUCGAGGUAAUUACUGUCUGUUUUGGAGUCGAGAGUUCAGAUUUUAAAGAACUUUUGAUUGUCUGACUCCACUUUUUGAAACCUCUUUAGUUCACUAUGUAGCAGUUUAUUCACUCCCUCCUGACUGGCGCACUUGUUGCCAUUUUCCCAAAUGCCUCAAGUGCUUUCUUACGUUUAAAAAUUCAUUUGAUUUUCUCUUUUCCUGUGUGCAUGUCUAACUAUUAUUUUUGUGUUGUAAAGCACUUUCCUUUUUGAUUUUGAGGUCAAGUGUCCUUGUGAAAUGUGUAACUUUGGGUGUGUGUUGAGUUACAUAGAAUGUAAUAUAACACUGAGGUUGUUAUAAUGAAAGUUUUUUUUGCUAACACAGCUAACUCACUCGUUUUAUCGGUGGUAAAAUAACAUCAAAAUGCUGCAUGAAUUAUUGCAGGUUAUUGAAAUGUACAUUUUGUUAAAAUAAGUAGUGGUUAUAUGUAUUAUUCUGUCAUUUGCUGUCUACAUAUUAGCUAAAAUUAGAAAUAUUGUGAAUGUUCUUUAUUUUUUACCGAUGUGGAUUCUGUCCUCUGUGUCUUUUAUUCUCUGUGGGGAUUAAAGAAAACCUUAAACCCUG